AUGACGAAUUCGCACAUUAAAAACGGGCGAAAUGCUGGCAGUAACGCCGAGCGGUACUUCAGCAACCACAGUCCACAGUCGAGUGCUCAACAGCAGCACGCUGGAGGCGGUGGCAAGCGAGGAGGUGGCAACAGCAAUACGAACGGGGCUGGUAGCCGUAGCCAACGGUCGCCCAGCUCGAACUACUUCCGUAGUAUUUUUUCGUCGAGCGCUAUACCCAUAGUACAACAACCGCGACUGCCGUCGUCGUCACCAACUGGUGUCCGAGUAUCCGGCGGUCGCCAUAACAACUACAACUGUGGUAGCAGUGGCAGCAACGGCUCAAACAGCUUUAAUCAACGAUCCAGCCCGAGUGGCAAUGGAGCGGGAGGAGGAGGUUAUUCCAUUUCCUCACCAGCGUACUCGUCGUCGUUGGGCGGACCUGUAUCAGGUUCCCCGCCGAACUUUUCCCACUUUGCCGGAAGCAAGUGCUACGAUGCUCCCGCACCCACCGCCCUACCGAAACCACCGGUACACUGGACGGCCAAAAACGGAUCGACCUCCGCAUCGGCGACCGGUGGUACCAGUUCCUUAUCAACAAUGAUGGCUGCGGCCGAACGUGGCCAGCAGAACAACACCGCCAGCAAAAAGGUGGCAGGAUCCUCCGGCAACAACGUCAAUGGCGGCGGCGUGAAGCAACAACUUCAGCUCCAUUUUCAUCAUCAGUCCCAGCAAAAUCAGCAGCCGUCGCAACAGUCACGUCUCCGGACGAAGGCGAUGAAAUCGUGUGCUUCGGCAGCAGCAAAAGCCAACAACCGUCACGCUGCCAUGUUUACGCAUAAUCUAAAAACGAUCCUCAACGUUCAAGCCUAACAACGCGAAGCAAUACGCAACGCAAACAGAAGCAGCUUCGAUCGAGUGCUCUCGGGCAAGAAGCUGGUGGCACGAGCGGGGUCGAUCACUUCGAUUAUUGCAACGGAAACAUGUCAAAGCACAGCAACAAACAGGGCGUUACGAACAGCAUCUAGAGAAGCAUUACCAGCAGCAGAACGAAGUUGUGAGAAGGCUAAAUUGACACCUCCACCAACACCGAUGGCAUCUUCACACCAACAACAGCAUCUUCGACGUAAGCACAAGAAAACCCAACAGCAGUAGAGCGACAUCGUGCCACACGGCAUUCAACGGGUUGUAGUGAAAACCCCUACGAAAACUGUCAACAGUGCGCAGAAUGCAGCAUAGGAAGAAACGCGAGAGUCUGAGAUGGUUAGAAACAAGAGAAGAAAAUGAAGCAUUCGAGAGAACAGUCUAAAUGGAGUUGGGAUCCAAGCACCAUCGACCCUUUCCUUCUCAGCAAGACGGCGAUGCGGUCAAACGGCGCACCUGGGAUAUUAUGUUCCUUUUCCACAAAAGUCGUCAAAGCAAAACUGAGAAGGAUCGUACAGAUAAGAGAUGGGAAGCAGGAUCGUAUAGAUAAGAGUAGAUAACGAUGGUUUCGGCUGUUUCUCAAACAACAUCCUGUUUGCUGCCUGCUCAAACGACACUCGAGGAAACUUUCUGUGAGAGGAACACCGAUGCUCUGGAAUCUUUCUAAUCUGAUCUGUUGAAAAAAAGCAGAUGCUAGAGUCUUCAAAUCUCGGUUGUCGGUUCUCACAUCCGUGUGCUUUCGACCGUUCGACCGGGUUGAUUGCUGAUAGAUAUUUCUCUACCUGUUGUUGGAAGAAGUUUGCAAGACAGAAAUUGUUCGUCACCAUCGUUUAUAUGACUGUCUCCGAGACUGUGAAUUGCCUAAACCGUGUGUGACCGUCAUCCUAAUGGUUCCAUCCUGUCGCCUUCAUCGUGUGUGUGGUGGUGAGCGUCUUUGGAUACUGCUGCUGUAAUGGCUGGAAAGCGAAAGUAUAAAGCAUAGUCACCGGUGGAAAAGAGUAGCUGCACAACAUCCGGUCGACCGUACGUGUACGUAUGUAAAGAAAAAUAUGUAACUAUAUUUUAUGUUCGGAACGUUCUGUUUUUGUAUAAUCGACAAGUUAUCACUUUUAUUUCAAAGAUUCUUUAUUAAUGUAUAAAAAAAUAAGA